UAUACGACAAUUGAGUACGAAUAUUUUAUUAUCUCAGAUGUGGAAUUUAUCUUAGCAAUGAAAUGAUUUGCUUUCGGUCGAAAAUCAAAGUUCGGUUAACAGUACUUGCAUUCUCGUUGAUUGUAUUCAUUUGUCUGACUUCUAAAAAAUUUCAAACUUCAUAUGACCUAACUCGGCAUUCAGUUAUGAAAGAGGUCAAUAUGGGUAAAAGUAUAUAUCCCUUUUUGCGUCCUCGUCUUUCCAAUCCAGGUCAUAAGAGGAGUGAUCUUCCGAUUACAAACUCAAUCAAUGUACCACGAUCGUUGAGGAAGAGAGAAAACGUUUUUUCAUCAAUCUUUGUUCCAAAAACCGCGGAUGAAAAUGCAGUCAAAAAGGAAGAAGACAAUAAAUGCGAUAUUAAUAGCAAAAGCACUCAUUUAGAAAGGCAUGUGUGGGAACAAAGCGCGGGACUCCAUGGAAUAAUACGUACGAGGCCACAAAAUGUAAACGAUCAAGACUGUUUAAGUGAAACAGGGAUCCAAAAACAAGAUUUGAACACAUUUGAAACAAAUUUCGAUGCCGUGGAACCUUUUAACUCAACUGGAGUAAAUGAUUACUUUAGCGCCGAUGUGUGUCAUUUCGAAGCAAACCUUACAAAUGAAACUGACUUCAAUAAUGAUGUAGUUGUCAACCUCUCUGAUUUGAAGAAAAUCAAUGAAACCAUUCCACAGUCAAGACACUAUAUUUUCCAAAAUGAUAAUCAAGUAUUUCCUAAAUCGGUUGCUAAAAUUGAUAAACUUAGUGUUUGGAGAAAUAACUCGAAUGUCACGUAUGAAUUUCCAAUGUCGCCAGAAGAUGCAGUAAAUAUAUUUGGGAAUGCUUUAACAAAGUGGGAAAAACAGGAAAUUUUUAAUUACUCCAACAUUUGGUACCUUGGACUCAGUGCAAAUAAGAGUCAACAUCAAGAAAACAAAACCAGUAAUUUUGGAUUUGAUUUUAAACGGAAGAAUAGAAACGGAUAUUAUAAAUCGAUAAUUCAUGAUCAUAUGGCGUACCGUUAUGAAAUAUUGGAGGAACUUGGAAAUGGUGGAUGUGGAUCUACAGUGAAAGCGCUGGAUCACUCAAACGGUUGCUUGGUUGCCGUGAAAAUAAUUAGAAACUCCGAGUGGGACGAGAAAUUCUUUUUACGGGAAGUUGAAAUCAUGAAUAUCUUAGAAUCACGUCCAACCAAUAACGAAUAUUUCGUACGAAAGCUUGAUUGUUUUACCUUCCGAAACCAUCAAUGCCUUGUCUUAGAGUUGCUCGGACCUUCACUGAUCCAGUUUCGGGGACGUCCUAUUCAAGAUUCAUACUUGAUGCGUCAAUUUACAAACGAUAUACUACACGCGAUGUAUCACUUGAAGGAAUCCAAUAUUGUACACACCGAUUUAAAGCCGGACAACAUCAUGCUAAUUUACGGAAAGGAGAUAAACCAAACAGAGGGUCAGCUUUUGAAAGUUGCCGAUUUUGGACUCAGCUGUAUUCCAGACGCACAGCCGAGAUCAAAUUAUUAUUGUCUGAGGUCAGUUCAAACUCUGCAAUAUCGAUCACCAGAAAGUUUUCUUGACUUACCUAUCACAAAUCAAGUUGACAUGUUCAGCGUGGGUUUGAUUUUGACGAAGCUGGCGGUUGGCAUUAACAUUAUGUACGGUCGAAAUGAAAUUGAUCAAUUUGCAUGCAUGAUGGAAGUGCUUGGACCUCCGCCACCUUAUAUGAUCUCGCCAGGAAAAGAAAUAUAUGCAAAAGCAAUCACCUACACAACUGAAAAUGGAUUAAAGAGAAUACCAAACCGCACUCCACUGGCUUUUCUGCUUCGAGCUGUCGAUGAUGCUAAAUUGGUUGACUUGAUUGCGAGAUGUCUAAGAUGGGAUCCAGAGUUCCGAAUUACGCCUGAAGAAGCAUUACAACAUCCGUAUUUAAAAGGACCUGUUCCGGCGGCAUAUAACCAAGUUUCACUACUCGACAAUUCCUUGAGAUGAAGAUAUGUGUUCAAUUGAGAAAUCAUCAAAAACAUAUAUAUUUUACCAAAGUCAACAACAAAUUUAAAAGUAAACCAACCCAUAGAAGAAUGUACUUAUCAGUAUCACUACGACACUUUUAACAUGGCAAACACUUUUGGAAUAUAUAUUAUAAUAAUAUUCGAUCAGUAACCAAAUCAAUCUAGCCCUACUAAAAUUUCAUUUACUAUAUAUAUAUAUAUAUGACACGCUUCAGAACUUGAUUUUUGAAAUUAUGAUAUCGUGUGUCGGUCAGUCAUUAGUUUAUUUUAUCACAUGCCGAAGGUACACAAUGGACAAACAUGAUUAAGAUAAAAAGUGAAAAAAAAAAAAAUACGUUUCAGAGUGAAGGGAGACGCGAUAAACCGAUGAUGGUUAUCGAACAGCGUCACCAAGCUAGACUUGUAUGAAAAUUACUUGCUCAUUGGAAACGUCUUUCCGUAACCAGUUAUAAAGUGUGUUUUACAACCAACUGUGUCGUUGCAGGCUUGAAGAUAGUAUUAUCUUUAGCGCCUGUUUUUAUGGCCAUCGGUAUGCAGAUUCACAAGUGUAAUCUAUAAUUAUAUGAUGCACUAUCAUUUACUAAAUUUAUCUCAAACUUUUUUAAUUUACAAAGCUGGUCCAUUAUUACAAAGCUAUCAUUAGUAUUCGAAUUCUUAAUCCUUGCUUGUGGACUGUGAGAACACCUUGCACGCCGAACCCGCUAACAAGCUGUAUUCAAGGUAUUCAUAAUCCCAAAGCAUGUAUGGCAUUAUCGGAUACGGAAUGGACAUAUGAAUGGUUUUCAAACUGUUAUCAUUGUUGGUGGUGGUGGUUUCUUCUUUUUGUGAAAAAAAAAACGCUCUUUUUAAACUACUGGAUCAAUUGAUUCGCAUUUUGCAGUGCUUAAAGAUUGUUGCUGUCGCUAGAAAGAUAUUACUUUCAUUUAUUUUAAAAUAUUUUGUGCGUUUUAUGGGAUUCGUUUUUUACUUUGAAGUUUUGUGUGUUGACGUAGUCGAAAUAAGGGCUCAGCAAAAUAUAUAUAUUU